GCGGCGCUCAGGUGAGGGGCGGCAGUCGGCGGGCACGAACGGGGGUGCCGGAUUCGCUGCUCUGAGAGUCCAGGAGGUCCGGGGAUCCGGGGUCCGGCUCGCGGCCGGGGCUGAGAGGGGCUGCUUGGUUCUCCUCGGGUUGUGACACUUGACAGCUAAAUGUGAAAUCUUAGCGGUGCUUAUGGAGAGGUGCAGUGGAUGCCUGUGCUCUGACAGCCUGAGCGGUGCCCUGGCUCAGGCAUCACCCAUGAGCCGGCCAGGCUGAUCCCGGUGAGAGCCAUGAAAGGCCGCAUCUCCUCAGGGACCGAGGCUCCUGGGCCAUGUCUUGCCAGGACGUAACAGCAGCAGCCCAAGCUGCGACCAGACAAAGCUAAAGCUGCCACAGCCACACAGGUGCACAGGUGCCAGGGUGGUGUUCAGCUGCAAGUCCCUCACUGCCCUCUAAGUACCUGUGGCCACCUCGAGCCACUGAGCUCUGCCACUGUGGUGCUGCCAGGCCCUGACCUCUCUGGCAGCAGGGACAGCUCUCCAGGUCACUCCUCAGGGCUGAGAGACGCUUUACCAGUGUCUGAUCUCUGCAGUGAGAUGUCGUGCCCAGAGGAACUGGAUGCCCUGGCAGAUGUGGAUCUGCUUGACUUUCUCCUGAAGGAUGAUGCUCCUUGCCCUGAAAUCCCAGGGGAGCAGAAUGGUCUGCUGGAAGACUGGGGCUUGCCAAUGCCUGAGCUCCUGGACAAGGAGAUGGAUGACUUCAUCAGCUCACUGCUGAGCCCCUUAGAAGAUGAACCGGACAGGCUCAGUUAUUUGCCUACCAGCAAUGACAGCAGCAUUUCUGGGGAUCAGCAUCUGUCCCGUUCCCUUGGUAGCAAUUUUGCCAGCCGAGACAUUGUGCAGGUAGAUCAUAACUACUCCCUUCACCAGGACUGGCCUGCAUCGGAAAGUGUGAGGUCUGACAUGGCAGGAGACGUUACCAUUGAGCUAGGGGCAUGGGUGGGUUUGGAAGGCACAAGCAAGGCACUGGAGCAGAGCACCAGUUCCCUUAUUGCUGUUGCUGUGGAAGAUGAACCCCAGCUUGUGCCUGGAGCCAUUGUACAGUCUGACUUCCCAGAGCUGGUUCUGACAGAGGAGGAGAAGCAGCUCCUGGAAAAAGAAGGUGUUACAUUACCAACCUGUCUGCCACUGACCAAAGCUGAAGAGCGAGUUCUGAGGAAAGUGCGUCGUAAGAUUCGGAACAAGCAGGCAGCUCAGGAUAGUCGUCGUCGUCGGAAAAUCUAUGUGGAUGGCCUGGAAAACAGGGUGGCAGCCUGCACAGCUGAAAACCAUGAACUGGAGAAGAAGGUGCAGCAGUUGCAGAAGCAGAACAUGUCACUGCUCAGGCAGUUGCAAAAACUGCAGGCCUUGGUGAGACGGUCUGCACCCAAAACUACCAGAAGAAAAACCUGCACCAUGAUCGUGGUUCUGUCCUUCUGCCUUGUCCUGUCCCCCAGCAUCCGCUCACCCGGAAGUGUAGAGCCGCAGCGGGAGCUCAAGGUGCUGUCACGGCAGAUCCGCGAGUUUCCAAACCAGGGAGCACCUGAUGUGCAGCAUGACACUGAGCUGGAGGGCUUCAGCCCAGAACCUGGAGAUCCCUUGCUGUCAGGCAACCUCAGUCAGUCAUGGGAAGAGGGGCAGAGUCCACUUAACUCCGGUCCCAGAUCCUUCAAUAGCAACUCAUCCUCUGACCCUCCAGCAGCAGCAGGCUCUGAGCCAGACUCACCCCAGAGUGAUCCUUUGCCGGCAGCAGUGCUGGUGCCAUGGAAACCCAAGGGUCAGGAGUGGAUGGAACACCCUGACAGAGUUCUCAUCCAGCAGCACCAUGCCAAUGAGAUGUGACCAAUGCUGCGUCCUGCUCCUUGGGAUGAUACUGAGCAUCCUGUGGGGCAGGGAUAGAACUGCACUAUCAGAUUAUCUAUCCAAGUCCUUCUGAAUACUCUCCUGAUUGACAGCAGCUCAAAGGGUUUAUCAGGGAGGAAUCAUUCUGACAUUUUUUAUCAGGCUCUAUCUGAGAUGGGACAGGAAAUUCUGAGAACUCCACUGUAGCUGCUGAUGUGGCUUGCAGCCCAGAGUGCACCCAGUGUCUUGUGGGGAUGGGCUGUGGCAGGGAGGGUGGAGGCAGUUGGACUGAUGUGCCAGUACUUGGUCCGACUGGAUGCAGUUGGUGAUGGAGGCCACUGCCCUGCUUCUUUACUGCCCAGCUGGAGAUGAACAGGUACUUCUUAGUCUGUGUUGUGGCCCCAAACAUGUGUUGCAUGUCACUGCUGCUUGAUCCUGCAGUGCUGCCUGCUUUCUAGGCGUGAGGGAGCAAGCUGACCUUCAGUGCUCUCACACAAGUAGUCUCGCUGGCUGCUGCAGCAGACCCAGCAUGUUGCCUGUUCCUGACAGCUUUUGAGCCAUGGCCACAGCUCCCAGCCUGGCUAGAGGAGGUCCUUCCUGAGCCAUGUGUGCUGUUUGCCUACUGUAAGGGCUGAGCCUUUCAUCUCCUGCGGGCUUCUGGGCUUCGGGGAGCAGGCAUGCCUUGAGCCAGACUGCUGAGGCAGCACGUUCAGAGAGCAAACAGCUCCUUGCUCUUUUGAAGGCUUUCCUGGCCACGGGACAGUUUCAAAGCCAUGUCCUUGUGUGCCCAGGCCUUGCUGUGCUGGCUGAUGAUUCAGUCAAUGGUUCUGGGCUGAACAGAAACACUUUGAGCUGGUGAGCAGUGUCUUUGCCAGAGUGCAGCUUAGUGGUACCUGUAGAGUUCUCCUUGUCCUACUGCAGGACAUUCCAUAGACUCAUAUAGAAUGGUUUGGGUUGGAAGGGGCCUCUAAAGGUCACCUAGUCAAAUUCCCCCUGCAAUGAGCAGGGAUAGCUUCAGUUUGGAUCAGAACAGUGAUUAAUAGCUUCCUCAUUAACAGAGUCUAAAUAAAUAUUAAUGGUGUG